UCCCAUAAUUAUUGUCCAGUUUGAGUUUUCAUUUAUAGUUCAAAUUGUAUUAAAAGUAAAAUCUAAAACUGAACAAUAAUUUUGGGACAGAGAAAGUAAAUUUUAACAUAAUAAUAAUAUUACUCACGAAUCACAAAAUAAUGACGUCAGUAUCAACCAAUAGUAUCGCUCCAGCACGACAUUCUACCCUUUUACUCAUCAAAACCAAAGUGCAAAAUUCCACUCUACUAGUACUCCACCGUGAAGCAGCAGCCAUCAUCGGAUUUUGACAGCGGAAAGAGGGAACAAGAAUUUGCGCUUUUUUGAGUUCUUUUGCUUUUAUCGUGUUGGGUUUGUGGUGUAAUGGACUCGGGGGAGAUGGUGGAGGAGGGUUCCAACAAGGUUACUGAUUUCCCUCACUUCGACGUGCUAUCCGGCGAUUCAGCAUAUUCAGAUCAUCAUUAUAAUCAGUCUAACAAGUCGAGAAAAGUUCAGGGUUCCUUCAGCAAUCCAAACAGUAAUGUCUCGAAGACAAUUGCUAAAGAGUGGAGAAUACUCCAGAAAAACCUUCCUGAGUCAAUUUAUGUCAGGGCUUAUGAGAACAGGAUGGAUUUACUUCGAGCUGUAAUUAUUGGCUCCCCUGGAACUCCAUAUCAUGAUGGACUCUUUUUCUUUGACAUUGUUUUACCGUCUGAUUAUCCAAACCAGCCUCCUAAAGUGUAUUAUCAUUCCCAUGGAAUGCGCCUGAACCCGAAUCUGUAUAAUUCGGGUUAUGUUUGCUUGAGCUUGCUCAAAACUUGGUAUGGUGCCGGAGUGGAACUGUGGACAAAGAACUCAACCUUACUUCAACUUCUGGUAUCACUUCAGGGACUUGUGCUUAAUGAUAAACCUUAUUUCAAUGAGCCUGCGUAUGGGAAAGGACUAAAAAACAUGAACGAGAGUUGGAGGAAGGCGUCCAUGGCUUACAAUGAGGAUGUUUUUAUCUAUUCUUGCAAGACAAUGCUUCACAAGAUGAAAAAUCCCCCCAAAGGUUUUGAGGAUUUCGUGGCUGCACAUUUUCGCAGCCGCGGGGAGUCCAUAUUAGCAGCCAUUACAGCAUAUAAAAAUGGUGAAGCAAUCCUUGGUCAAUACAAGAAGGAAGCUGUGGUUGGAGCAACAGUUUCGACAGCUUCUAAUCUCGGGGCUUCAAAAAAGUUCAGAUCUAAUCUGUCGAAAAUCCACUCUGAUCUCAAGUCGGCCUUGCGUACGAUCAGCCAUUCCGCGAUGAUGUCUCAAAAUGGGAAAGAAAAGUGUGAAGAGGUUGCAGCUCCAGAUACUACAAUGGCUGGACAAGGAAGUGCUGAAAGAAAGCCCGAAGAGUUGUUUGGCAAGUUUUUGAAGUUUUUAAAGAGGACAAUUGGAUGUUAACAAUCAUGAUGGAGGUUGACAUCAAAUUGGGAUUGCAAUUAUGCUGGAGGGUAUAGUCAGGAUUGGGAAAAUAGUGAUAGAUUAAGAGUUAUUUAGAUAUUUUAACAAAAGAUUUGACAUCGAACUCUUUGACUGUUCUGUUAACAUUUUUCAGUUCAUUAUGGACUCUGUCCUUCAAUUUGCAUAUUACCUCUGCAGCCAGUUGAAAAUAUUACAUAUUUCAUCCGUCGCACAAAAAUAGUCC